AUGCAAUCUGAACUUCAGCUUUCCAAGGUCCAAUAUGGUCUUGGUGGCUAUGCUUGUCUGUGUGUGGUUGUGUUGGGCAGUCUUUUACCUGUCCGCGUGUUUAGCUAUGAAUUGUUUUUGGGUACACAUGUGCUUGGUGUUGGCUUUAUUGGUGCUAUUGCUGUCCAUACACCCUAUGCCAUGCGUUAUUUCCUUGCAGGCCUUGUAUGCUAUAUCCUUAACUUUAUUGCAGUGUGGUUUGUCAAGACCUUUGUUGGCCAUGCUCGAUGUGAAAUCCUACCUGAGGGUUGCACUAAGCUGUCGAUUCGUCUUGGCAGUCCUAUGAAGACACAUCAUAUUGGCCAACACAUUAAUUUAUGUAUUCCUGCUCUUUCGCCAUUUCAAUGGCACCCUUUUACCAUCACAAGCGUACAACAAACCAACUUGGUUCAUCAAAACUCCAUUGAAGUCUGUGUCAUCGCCCGUGGUAACUUUACUCGUACGCUCUAUGACAAGGUCGAUCCUAACCAAGAACUGAGUGUGUUUGUGAGCGGUCCUUUUGGCAGUCAGUCGAUCGGACCCGUAGACGUGCUUCAGUCUCAUACCUCUGUUGUCAUUGCUUGUGGUGGUGCUGGUGUCACUUUUGGUAUGCGUCUGUUGCGUGAAUUGACAGACACACUUGUCAUGUCGCUUGAAAACGAUUCAACCAAAGACAUCUAUUUCAGCUGGUCUGUACGUCGUCCUCUUGAACUAGAGUGGUUCCGUGAAGAAUUAGAACAGAUCCAUUGCAUCUAUGAAACGCAUGAACAGUUUCCUAACUUGCAUAUUCAGCUCCAUAUUACCUCAAAAGACGCUACUUAUGAAAGUAAUGCCCCCACAGUGGCUACACAUGCAUCUUCAGCCAAGGUAACAGUCAACGUAUUGACGCUUCAUCUUGUUUUAUGUGGUCCUGCUAGCUUUAACGCAUCUUUUAAAAAUACGGUGGCUUUCUACAAAUCUUCUAAUGUUUAUCUUCACUGUGAAGACUUUGGAUACUAG